AUGGACCAUGAUAUAUUGUUGUUGCUGGAGGUGGGAAGACGGCCGUCCCCUCGGGGAUGGUCUAUGGCUGGAAGAGGAGGAGCGGUGGUAAUGGUGAGAAAUUCUGCUGUGAUAGAGGUGGAAAUUGACAGUUUAGAGUUGGAUGAAGUGACUGCUCGACUGGUGGCUUCGAUGACGGUGAUGACAGACCUAGGAGAGAUGCUCCUUGUUUCUGUCUAUAUGCCGUGUUGUCGCUAUGUCGAACAAGAAAAUAUAAUUAGGGCUCUCUCUCGAGCAAUCCAAUGGCACUUGUCUCAAGGAACUGCUCGGAUUGUGAUCGGAGGGGACUUCAAUAACAUUCAAGAUCCAUAUUUUGAUGUACUUGCUGGUACCCCUAGUCCCAAUCCCCUGGAGAGAGAAUCCAGGUCUCUUCUAGGUGAACUUAUCUGUCAUUAUGGUCUUGUUGAUACAAUGCGGUAUCUCAAUGAGUUCCUUCGUCAUGGAACUAAUACUUCUCAUGGGGUAUCUAGACGUCUUGAUCGGAUAUAUGUGGAUCAAAGUCUUAAGUCACACAUUUAUCGGUACUACGAACGAAAGAAUGAUUUGACAUCUACUCAUGUAACCGUAUGCACAUCUCUUAUGAUCGAUAAGAAGAGUGCGGUUAGAGUGGGACAACCUCGCUUCAUUACUCCAAAUGAACUUCUCACUCAAAGUACACUUCGUAAGUUUGAGAGGUAUACUGACUUCGAUAACAUGGUGUAUGACUGUCGGAAGAAGAUGCAAAGGAUAUCAUAUGUGGUAAAGAGACUGGAAACAUGUCAGAUAAAGUUGAUGAUGAAGGGGAUGAUUCUGAGGAAAAGAGUGAUUCUUGAGUUGAAAGAUGGGGACAGUGUUGCUGAUAAUACAGAUAGUAUUAUUGAUAUGGCAACGACCUUUUGGAGCAAGCAAUAUGAAGACUUGGGAGAUCCUCCUGAAUCGGAAUAUCUUGACCUUCCCGCCAUUGAAGCAGAAGAUGCUUUUCGACUAGAUCGCCCAUUCACUCAAGAUGAGCUCUACUCAUGUCUCCAGACUAAAUCAGAUUCAGCUCCUGGUGAAGAUGGUCUUACUUAUAAAUUCUGGAAAGCAACUUGGGACAUGUAUGGAGAAAUGCUCACCAAAACAGCAAAUGGUUUAAUGGAAGGGAUCAUUCCCAAUUCCAUGACAACAAUCCUCCUUACAAUGAUACCAAAAGUCCCAAACUCAAACGAGAUAAAGAAUUUUAGACCAAUCGCCCUCAUCAACACAAGUCUCCGUCUAAUCUGCCAAGCAAUUAAUGAACGAUUAUUACUGGUGGCUGAUCAACUAAUUGGCCCUUAUCAAACAGGCUUUAUCAAAGAUCGUCACAUCCAUAACAACAUUCUCCUGUUCCAAUCAGUACUCCAUCUAUGGUGCAGAAAAGAUCUUGACCUUGGACCAACGAGAGCAUGGGCUUGGCCUGAAGUCAGAUUACAGGACCCUGACCUUGCUGCAGCGGUCAUUGACUUCCAAAAAGCCUUUGACCUGAUUAAUCAAAAGUACAUUGGAAAAUGUUUGGAAAAGACAGAUAUCCCCCCUCGCCUUCGUACAGCCAUUAUGACUAUUCUCCGAGCGCAACACGCUCAAGUCUACAUCAAUAAUGUAAAGGGUCCACGCUUUCCAAUGAGAAGAGGUACAAUGCAAGGAAACCCAUUCUCUCCGUUCUUAUUUAUCCUCGGAAUGGAACAAUUACUCCGAAACCUUUCAAAGAUUAAAGGAAUGUGUCUUACUGGUCGACACAGUUUUGACCCUACUCCGAUCAAGGUAAUGGCUUUUGCUGACGACCUUAUAGUCUUCAUGAGUGAUGAAGAUCGUCCUGUUGUAAAAGAAUGCCUUGAAGCUUUUUCCUAUCACUCUGGCUGCAAAGUUAAUAAGGAUAAAAGUCUGGUCUUGGUCAUUGAUGAAGAUCAUCCCGAUCGAUGCCCAUAUCUAGACUUUCCAGUAAACACAGUUGCUGAACUGUCAAAUAUGAAAUAUCUUGGGGUUACAAUCGGUCCGCUUGAUUGGAAGAAAGAAUGUCGAAACUUACUUGGAAUCAUUCAUGGAAAAGACGAACUACUGCCAUCUCGUCUCGGAAAAGCUGUAAACACCUUCCUUCUCUCAAAGCUCUACUAUCGAGAUAUCCACUCACCAAUGCAUCAAUGGGACAUUUCCCACUUCACGAAUGAAAUCGGUCGGAAGUUGUUCUACGGCAUCGGUCAAGAAACAAUCUUCACCAGAAAUGAACUCGGUGGUUAUGGUGUACUUCUACUUGAUCGACAACUUCUCGGUAGAAGAGCUCAAGUGGUUCAUGAAGCAAUCUUCGGAAAAGAAUGGCAUCAUCGCCUCUUUCGCCUAACGAUACAACACUGGGCAACAUGGGCAAUCCGUUACAGAGAAAUGAUCAGUGAUUCCGAUUUGACCAUCCCAUGGUAUGAGUUUCUUCUCGGACGGACGUACGUUAGACCGACUCACACCUACCAUCUCCUCGACAAAUCACUCCAAAAGGAAUUUUCAAAACUGAUGUGGGCAUGCAUUAAGGCGUGGGUUGAAUUGACUGGUAUGAAACAAGGGGAUCCAAUCGAACCUUAUCAACCCGUCUUGGAGGAUUUUGAGAAGAUGGUGGAGCCAUAUCUGGGAGAUCUCUUCAAUUAUGAUCCGGAGAUAUUUCACUCGGUUAGUAAGAAGUCUCCUCAGACUGAUCGGUUGCUGAGGACUCUCGAUGAGAUACUUCGGCCUUCAGACCGGAGGCGUCUACCAAAGUUUUGGAAACAAAUGAGUAAGCAACUUCAUGUCCACGAUAAACCAUAUGACUACCUUCAUAUGUUCCAUAACGGAAACGACAUGCGGGCUCUUUCUCAAGCAAAGAAUUGUCUACUCUGUGGCCGUGACAUCAAAACCCUCCAUCACACCUUCUUUCAAUGCCGUAUAGCUUGUCAGGUGUGGCAAUACGCGGGACUUCGGGGACUUCCCGAAAUCUCGAAGUUGGUCGGUAUAUGUGGUCAACCACAAGAUAAGUUUUGUUCAUACAUGCGUCGACUUUUAAAAGCACGCGUUCCAAAUCAUGCUCAAGCGAUUAGUGACCUUGAACUUAGAUCACUUCUCAGAUACUAUGAAUCACUAUACUGCAAACAGUAUUGA